AUGCGAAUGAUGACCAAUCAUCAACUCACUCAAAUAUAUAUAUGUAUACAAAUAAUGAUGGUGAUAUAUAUUGAGAGUCAAAUAAAACUUAGAAUGUGUCGUCUAAUGAGGAAGAUUUUAGCUCAAUUUCAGGUCUUUAUGCACUUACCACCAUUCUUUCGUAUGCUUCUUAUAUACACGAUCGGUAUGUUUGGUGGCGGACUAAUUGUCCACUUUUACUAUGCACAACAUGAAGAGGAUUUGUAUACAGCAGCACUGUUUGCAGCCAAGUCACCCAAAUUGGCAGCAGACGAUGAUGCAUAUCAACAGUUGAUUAUUUCGAACGAUUCAAUACACGAACUUGCAUUACAACAUUUAGCUGAAGCAACAUUGGCCAACGUAUUGGCUAAACAAGUACGCGUAUUCUGUUGGAUACUAACAAUGCCAACAAAUCAUAAAUCAAAAGCUGUUCAUGUGAAAGCUACAUGGGCUGGUCGAUGCAAUAAGUACUUAUUCAUUAGUAGUGAAACUGAUGAGCGUCUUCCUUCAAUAGCUGUUAUCAACACUGAAGGUCGCAACUUAUUGUGGAAUAAAACUGCUGGAGCUAUAAAAUACAUUGCAAAACAUUAUGCCAAUGACUAUGACUACUUCAUGAAAGCGGAUGAUGAUUCAUACGUGAUUGUGGAGAAUUUGCGCAAAAUUUUACAUAAACAAGAUCCCGAUAAACCAUUCAUCAUGGGCAGACGAUUCAAGCCAUUUGUUAAACAAGGAUAUAUGUCCGGUGGUGGAGGAUAUGUGCUCUCUCGAGCUGGUCUUUUGAAUAUCGCUAAUGGUCUAGAAAAUAAUACCGUUUGCCAAAGUAGUAAGCAUGCAUUUGCUGAAGACGUGAAACUUGGAUCAUGUGCUGAAGCUACAAAUGUUUCAAUAGUUGAUAGUCUAGAUGCAGAAGGACGUGAAUGUUUUCACCCGUUCUCUCCAUCACAUAUGCUUACAAAAGAUACAAACGGUUAUCCAGAAUGGUACAUAAAGUACAAUUACCACAGAAUAGAUACAGGAUUCGAUUGUUGCAGUGAUUAUGCUGUCUCAUUUCAUUAUAUUAAACCUGAAGAAAUGUAUCUCUACGAAUAUAUGCUGUAUCACCUACAUCCUUAUGGGAUACAUCGAGAUUAUAUGGAUCUAAUCAAUUAUUUACAACAGAAUAGAAUUUCCUGA